CCGUCUCACGAUAUGUGGCGGUUGCCAGGGGAACGCGGAACGCUGAGGGAAUAUCAAGCUGUUAUCGUUCCGGGCUCCUGGGGCUUCUCAGUGGGGGUCUGUACCCCGGGAGGGCUCGGUUAAUGGAAGGGUAUGUGGAUAUAUCCCGCCUGCAGGUUUCUCUUCCAGGCACCACUGAGCACCGAGGGGUUUAAUAAAGGACACAAUGGCAGCAGUGGGACAGAUCCAGGCAGUUCCUAGUGGAAGAGUCUACAGGCAACUUUUUGAUGCUGAGGUUCAGCUUGUGCGGUCCCUCGGAGAGGCUCGUGCUAGAGCGGUGCAGCAUGGAGGUGCAGUGGACACUGGGAACAUUCCUCCAAUCAGAAGCCGGGAUAACAACACAGCAUUGCCUGAGUCUCACCACCAGAGCACGGAUAAAAUGACUCCACCUGCUAGGAAAAAGCAGGAAAGUGAGGAUGAUAUUGCAGCAAGAGAAGUGAGAGGUCUUUCUGAUGUCAUCGUUCCAGAAAAGAAAGAUACCGGCAUUCUUGAGCGGAUCGCUGCAAACAGACUGGAACGCCAUGAAGUGGCACUGUCCAACCUGCACAGGGAACUGGCUGAGAUCAGCAAAGAGAUGGAGCUAUCAGUAUUGGAAGUGGGGAAGCACCUGCAGCAAAAGAUCUCGGAAUCAGAUGCAAAUAUUGAACUUUUGUUUCAGAAACUGGAAAUCGGUAACGACAGCACCACCACAAAGGAAAUAAAUGAGACUUGGGAUGCAGUGACCCAGGAAUCUGCCCGUACAAGGCAGUGCAUCAAAAGAACCGAAAGCACUUUACUGGCGCUAGAAGAAAACAGAGCGAAACGAAUUUCUGAAGUCUUAAAGAAAUACACGUCCCUCUUAAAGGACAUCUGCCAUCUCAUGCCCUCCGACGUGGACAGAUUUAUUCAUAAUGAAGCCAUGAUGAUUAACCAGGCAAUUUUAGCUAACCACCGAGCUCUGGCUAGAUUAUCUGUAAACCUUCUGGAAGCCAAUCUGAAGAGGGAGAAUACCCAGCGCUUCCAAUGGCAGGACCUGAAGAAGGCCUGGGAGUGUUACCAGAGGGAGAUCAUAAUGAAGGAGUUCAGGGUGUUUGCUGAGAAAGAAAUGGAACAUAUACCCACAAGUGUGAAAGUAUUAGUGGAUCAGCUGACCACCCAACUCAGCUCUCUCAAAGAAAGGAGACUUCAGAUUCUGGGUUUAGCCAGAAGUUUUGUACCUCCUACUUGCACGAGAACAGGUGUCAUGGAAUGGUAUGAAUCGUUGGCAGCCCUGAACAGUCAAGCUGAGUCCAUCAACAAACAAUUCUUAGAGAAGCUUCAGGAGCUGCGGGAGGAAUUCUGCCAAAAAUUUGAGGUGAAAGCAGAAAGCUGUAAAGAGCAGUUGGUCAGUGUGGAUAUUUGUACCCCAGAGGAAGCUGAGGAUAUAAUAACCAAAGAACUCAGCCCAGUGACGGCACAGAUCCACAUGAAAUUUAAGGAAGAGCAAGAGAAGUGGGAAAAACUGCUGGUACAUAGCUCUAAGUUAACGAUCCUUCAGACCCAGAAGUUGCUGAAAUUCUUGGAAGAUGUUGUUGAUAUUUGGCAAACGCUGGAACGUGGCCUCUCCAAACAGGAAAAUGCUGUGCAGCUAAGGAUGGAGCAGUGUCGCUAUAAAUAUGAUAGUGACAGCAAGGCCAAGGAGGCAAAUUUGGACAAGAUACUGGACAGACUGAGACAAGACAGCACUAAGGAAACAUUACGUAGCACAUUGGGGAAAGCACUGGCGUCCUUGGAAACCAUAAAAGCAGGAUACAAGACUUUUCAUUUGGACCAAGUCGCUGUAAUUGAUUCCUACCCUGCCCUGGUGCUUGCAGAGUUGGCCUCCUACAGCUGCGCUCUUAGCAAUUAUUUUGGGGUCAAAGAGGUGUAUGGGCAGGUGCAGAAGAAGGAUGGGGAGAACCCCAGCACCAGUAUAACAACGAUUCCGGCAGAUGGAGUGAGGUCUCAUUCUAGAGAGGGGAUAUCAGUAAACUCCGAAUUUAAUUCCUACAACUAUUCUGCAGUAGAAAGUGUUUUGCUGGAAGGUGAAUGGCUGGAAGGGCCAGGAGAUGGAACCCACAACACAAGAGAAGACACGGAAGUGCCUGGAAUAGUACAGUGUGAUUCUACUAUGGCACCAGUGCAAACCCCUUAUCGGGAGAGCACCCAAGCAGCAGAGGGAGCUGGUGAGCAGACAUCACAGGGAGCCCAGAUUCCAUUUGAGCUCUUCACAACAUCUAAAGGGAACACCUAUACUGCUUUGCGUUUGGCAUCAGAAGAUGACACGGCGGUGCCUGAGUUUCCAGGAGAACAUUCCGACACAAAUAUAUUCAUGACGGAGGCGGUGCUGGACGAUUCCGUUCCCUUAAAUCAUGACAUAAUGGUCAUACCCGAGCAACAGUUGAUUGUUAUUAGGAAAAGCGUCCGGCUUGGGUUCUUUGAGCACCUGGAGACCUGGUUCGGUGAGACCCUUUCCAGUGCCCAGGGUAUCGUCAGUGCCAAGAAGGAAGAGUUCAAUUCUGAGUUAGCGCUUCGCUAUCACCUGCACGAGCCAAGGAGCCAACGGAUCGAGAUGGAUAUCCAUAACGUCAGAGCUGCCGAGCUGAUUCUGCACUCCGAGAGAGUGGAUCGUCACUGUGAUGGGGUAAGCCAUUCUCUGGAGCAGCUGAAGCGGGAGAGUUCCGUGCUGAUUGAGAACAUGAAGCAACAGACUCUCGGAUUCCGCAGCAAGAUCCGGGCCAUGGAGAGCAUGUUCCUCGGUGCCAACAAGUCUGAUAAGCUUGUGGCCCUGACACAGUCUCUGCCGUCCAUUUUGGACAGCCACGUAAGCGGGGUUCAGACUUCCAUGCGCAACUACCGGCAGCAUGUAGAGGAAAUGCUCGGAACCCUGCGCGACACAAACUCGGACUUCAUCAAAUCAUUCAGAUUGUUCUCAGAGGGCGGAAACUUUUCUCCCGAUGAAGUGGAGGUGUUUCGCAAGAAGCUGCAUAAAGCGUCAGACACCAUCGCCUCUUUCGAGGGCUCCAUCAUGGUGGAUUUGGAGGGCUUGGAGUCUGUGUGUUUAGAACAGGCCACUGAGAUUGUAAAGAAAUUUGAGGACAAAUUCAACAUGUUAACAACGGAUGCAAUUUUCCUAGAAAACAUUCAGAAGCUGCUGACGAACCUGCAAGUGAAAAUCAAAGCCUUGGUUGUGAGCAGCAAUUUUCAGACUCAGCAGAUCAACUCCUCUCUGGAGCAGCUCCAACAGAAGACAGAUGCCUGCGCUCAUCCCAAUAUGGAUAAGGAAACAGUCACAGCUGAAGAACUGUACUCCUUUGUGCAAAUCCCCAUGGGUCAGCUGGCAAAGAGAAGUCUCUAUCUGUCCUGCCUUCUAGAGCCCAGCCAAAUACUCUCUGAGACCCCACUGCAAGGCCCUAUUGCAACGGCAUCACGUUCGGACACCCCACUCCGUCAAGACGCGAAAGGAACCUUUACGACCCCCGACAACCUUCUUACUCCGAGCAGAGUGGGGAAGUUGGCUCUCGAUGAUCCCGCUGUGAGUGUCAUCAAGAACAUUACCAGAACAAAGCGGGUUAUGGAUUCACAACAGGACUCUGACCGUGCAAGUAGCUAUCAGCGGCCGGGCACAGUCUCACAUCAGGCUGCUGCCAUAGCGCCACAUCCACCAUCGCAGUCGGGUAAACCUCAUCUGAAGAAAAAGAAACCCCCAUCAAGCAAUGGUGAAAAUCCUGGCCAGUCUGUUCAGGCUCCAAGUGUCCGGAAGCUUACAAAGCCCAGCAGGUUUGACAAGAAGUACCAAUUGUUUGGGGAGAACAGAGUCGAAUCAGACAACUUCAAGGGAAUUCUCACCUGUAUACUGUGGGAGAGCAAUGACACCUUACUGUACCUGGCUGAGGAGUUCUAUAAGAAGAAGGACAGGCGGAACAUUGGCCGGACAGAUCUUCUUCAAGAGACGUUUGAGGAGUGUGCAGAUACGCUGGUGUUUAAACUGCAGUCCUACGAGAAGCAGGCCCUGGAGUAUCAGAACAACUGCCUGCUGGAGUUCCGGGAGCAGCUACAAACUUUCGAGAGGCUGGUAAAUGAGGUGCCGCCGCUGGUCAUAGAGAGUCACCGGAGGCAACACCUGGACAAACUGCUGGCGGCCACUGACCAGAUACGGAAGCAGUUUGCUGAGGACCUGCAGCGCUGGGACCAAGCCAAGGAGACACUGAAGAGUGUGCUGAGGCCAAAUUUAGGCCACCCAGACAGCGAGCAGGCCCUGGGGGAGCUGUGCCAGCAGGAGGAACUAAGGCAGAGAGAGGAGGCAGAAGGGAUUGACUGCAACACUAAACAAUUACAAGCGUGCGUCUCCGAGUGCACCCAGCACUUCCUGAUGUCUCUGGCCUCCCUCACCGAGAGACUGCUGCUGGAACUCGAUGAGACACUUACAGUCGAUGAUGUUUUAGCAGCUGAUGUUGAGAUUCCCAAAGAAAAACUGUCAACGCUGAUCAGACGCAAGCAGGCGGGGCUGCCGUUGGAAAGCACAGAGCACAAGCCACUGGUGGAGAGAGGCAGCAGGGUCUGGCCAGGAAUUGGAAUUGUGGAUCCUACAGACCCUGAAGGGGACAGUGCGCGCCACAUCAGCGCAUCGGUCACCACGGCCAAGACCACAGUCGGCCACAUCUCAGCGGUGCAGGCUCGCGACUCCACUCGCUCGCGGUUCCUGCAGGACACAGAGGCGGUACUGACCCGUAUCCGGGAGGAGAGCCGGCAGCAGCACUUUGAUGCCCAGCGCUGGAGGGAUUGGUGGUGCCAGUCUGUACGCAAUAUAAAAGCUCUGUAUAUGGGCUGAUUGGGGGCACUGCUCACGUGGCAGCUCUUAAAGGGCAAGUAGCGCUCUAUGCACUGGGGGGAGGGGGUAAAAUAUGAGGUUUCCCCAGUAAAUAGAAGCACUGGGUUUUCACCCCUAUUAGGAAAAAAGUGCCCCAUGUUUGAUUUGCAGCCCCGUGGCGCCAUCUUGCUUCAGUUUAACUGUUUGGUACGUGCGUAGGGGCGUGCAGUUUCAGGAAUUUGCUUUACUGCACCUACGGAAAGCUAAAGGAAAGAAAGAUGGCGCCAUGACGGACAUUUCCCAGUUCCGUGCAGGUUUUUCUCUGACCUAGGGAAUAAACCAAACAAUUCUAUUCGCAUGGGGGGAGCCUAAUAUUUUGUCCCCUCCCCCAGUGACUGGGGCUUUCUUGUCCCACGAGCACACACUCACUCUUAUUUCACUACAUUUUAAAUAAAGUUUAUGUUUGUUACAAACGA